AGAACGCCCUCAUCGACCUUGCCUCUGUUCCUUCGAGAAGCUGUUUGUUGUGACUCAUUGUCCCGUCGACGGUUGUCCAUACCAUAAUUCUCGCCUGCUUACCAUGUCUGGGAUCUGUAGACCACGUCUUGCUGAGGAGCGCAAGCAAUGGAGAAAGGACCAUCCCUUCGGAUUCUACGCGAAGCCAGUGAAAGCUGCAGAUGGCUCCAUGAACCUCAUGGAAUGGGAAGUGGGCAUUCCUGGAAAAGCCGGAACACCUUGGGAAGGUGGUCUUUUCAAGCUUACCAUGACCUUUCCUGAAGAUUAUCCAUCUAAACCACCGAAAUGUAAAUUCACGCCCCCUUUGUUUCAUCCAAACGUCUAUCCGUCAGGAACCGUUUGUCUUUCUAUCCUUGACGAAGAAAAGUCAUGGAAACCAGCAAUCACCAUCAAACAAAUUCUCCUAGGUAUCCAAGAUCUUUUGGAUGACCCGAAUGUAAACGAUCCAGCGCAAAGCGACGCAUACACGAUGUUUAAAAACGACAAAGUUGCCUAUGAGCGAAGAAUCCGGCAGCAAGCCCGGGACAACAUACCAAAAUAAUGCAACGACCAUGUAUUUGUAGUUGUCUUCGGAAUGAGAAUAUCAGAAAAACAACUCGGUGGCAAUGUUCGCAUUGUGGUUCUGACCUUUUCAGCUUCCUAUCUUUACUGGUCAUGUCGCUAAAUUACAUGUGCGUUCAAGGCUGGCUUGGAAGAAAUUAACACGUAUAAAACUGUCGAUUGACAGCCAAUGGUGUAGGUGGCUUGAAAGUGAGUAGUCAAGGGUAGGGACGCCUGCCUAAUAUUUACUAUCGGUUACGGUCUAUUCGUGAUGAGCCUCCAUUUCGUGAGUCACACUUUUGGGCAUGGAAACGUGAUGGCUUGUCACAUGGUGUAACGGUAUGUCACGAAAUUCACCGCGAAAAAGCGUGACUCACGAAAUGACGGUCCAUCACGAAUAGAUCGUAAGGGAUA